AUGAUUUACGAAGUACGCACCUACGACCUCAAACCCGGCGCCGUCGCCCAGGCGGAGGAAGCCUUCGCCGAGGCGAUUCCCCACCGCGAAAAGUACUCCCCCAUCGCUGCCUUCUGGCACACCGAAAUCGGCCCGCUCAACCAAAUCAUCCACGUCUGGGGCUACGAGAACAUCGAGGAGCGCAAUCGCAUCCGCGGCGAGGCCGGCAAAGACCCCAACUGGCCGCCGAAGAUCACCCCCGGCAACAUCCUCAACAUGAACGCGGAGAUCUGGAACCCCGCGCCUUUCAUGCGCCCCAUGGGCGGCGACCAGGCCCUGGGCGACAUCUACGAAAUGCGCGUCUACACCUACGAGAACGGUUCCAUGCCCGAACUUCUGCGUCGCUGGGAGGAAUCCCUGCCCUACCGCGAGGAGUUCUCCCCGCUGGCCGCCGGCAUGUUCACCGAGUUCGGCGACCUGAACAAGUGGAUGCACGUCUGGCCAUAUAAGGACCUCAACCACCGCGCCGAGGUCCGCGCCGCCGCCAGCAAGAUCCCCCAGUGGCCCUCCGGAGCCCCCGGCCGCGUCAAGCAGGAGACCAAGAUCAUGGUGCCGGCCAGCUUCUCCCCCAUGCACUGA